AUGGUCAACAUCGCUUCUGUUUAUGGAGAAUGGGUGAGAAAGGACAAUAUGUCGUGGCAUUUUGAGGUUGACUAUCGCAAAGGAGGGAGAAUGUUCUGUUUGAGGGAUGAAUGUACACAUGAUGAGCUUGUUCAAAUUGCCUUAGAUGAUUAUUCGGUGAACAAGCACGGACUGGAGUUAUCAUAUUCAUUACCAGAACCAUUCGUGCAGAAAAUGCCUAUUGAUUCUCUGCCUGUGUAUGUCACAAACGACAGACAAGUCCACAGCUUGAUCGAGCUAAGUCGAACACAUGUUGUACGACUUUGUGUCUCUAGUCAAGGGAACGCUGAUGUGGAAGAUAAUGUUUAUGGACGUAAGAGUGAAAACCAGGAUGAUGAGUUCUCUGAUGAUCGUGUUGAAGACUGGGCCGCGGACUCAGAUGAAGUGUCGGAAGGAGGACAAGAUGCGGCUUGUGAUGAGGGUGAUGUCAAGAAAGAUGCUCAUGAAAUCGAUGAUGAUACCCACGCGGACUACAGUCAGUAUGGGAAAGUGGAAGACGAAGACGAGCGUGAGACAAAGAUUCCUUUCGAUGAUCCCCGUCUUAGAGGGCGUGGUCAACACAAACGAAUGGAUAAUUGGGAAGACUAUAUAUACGAGCACCAGAGUUUUGAUAGCAAGGAAGAACUAAUAUCAGAGUUGCGUCGAGCUGGACUCGAACCAGCGCGUCUGGCAAGAGGUCGGCAUGAAGUGAUUCAUCAUGCUCAAACACGAGCCGAAUGCAAGCAAGCGGAAGGGGAAUCAAGGAGCGGCUGUCAAGAACGAAGCCACCACGUUUUGGGUGACAAAGUACUCGAAGUGGCAUACAUGUUCUGUGAAGCGAACCCUGGAAGUGUUACUGAUCUUGUGCGUGACCCAGACGACCGUUUCAAGUACUGUUUCUUAUCAUUUGGAGCUUCAAUAUCUGGUUUUCAGUACUUGAGAAGAGUCAUUGUGGUGGAUGGGACUCAUUUAACAGGGACGUAUGGGGGAGUUCUACUUGUCUCCGCCGGACAUGACGGGAACUUUCAAAUAUUCCCCUUAGCUUUUGCAAUUGUCGACGCUGAGGACAGCGAAUCAUGGGAAUGGUUUUUUAACAAGCUCCGAGACUGCUUGAUGAUAGGAUUUGUGUGUGGAUGUGAAAAGAUAUGA